AGAAAAGUGGGGCGAAAAAGAGUGGGACACCCCUGGACAAUCUCUAUAACGCAAACUCACUUCUGUUCUUGGAGGGCCUAUUCAGGCUACAGUCCACUGGAGAGGAGUACCUGGAACAGAGGCUUUCGAUACGGAGGAGCCCUCAUCACAGACAGUGCCAUCACACCCAAAUACCCUACAGCCCCCAACCAGGCGAGACCUCUACCUCAUACGUAAGGGUACACUCUUAUGACCUCGAGGUGCGGGACUUCGCAACAACCGGAGGCUAUAACGAUGAAUCACCUGAACUCUGCAUCCCACGGACACAUAACCGCAUCAGCCUGCUUCCAAGCCGAGGUAUUGGAUGA